CACUCAUUCUUCAUUUCUCUUCAAGAAGUUUCAGCAGUGCCCAACGCCAGUAGUAAUCCAAAAGCCUCUAUCUAGUUCAAUCAUGAAGUUCUUUAGUGUUGCUGCCACCCUCUUCAUUGCUGCUGUAGCCAAUGCCCAGCUUCAGUCUCUCUCCUUAUCCUCUCUGCGUCGGCAAGGACGUUUGCGCCACCCUGUGACCCAAGGCGCCAAGCUCAACGUCGUUGGCAAGUUCUUGAACCGUAUUGUUUACACGGACGCCCACGAUCUCUGUACGCUCUUGGCCGCCCAGGGACAUCCUUGUCCUGUCCCUGUCACCCUGACCUCCAUCACUGCCUGCAUUAAGGUCAAGGACUCUGCCCCUGCUGGCAUCACUGUUGCUCUUCAAGUCUCCGCCACCAAUGGCAAUGGUCACGUCCUCUUUUGCCAGGCUGCCAACGCUAUUGCGCAGAAAUGCUAAGUCAGACGUCAUAGGUUGUGCCAUAUUUUCGCCCCUAUCGCACCAGUUGUAAAUAAAUUAAAAUAAACAAAAAGAAAGACCGACAUACUGUUAGACGCUCGUCGAUGCCAAUAUAUGCUGUGUAUAAUAGUGC